AUGUCUUCAAAGAGUAGAAUCAUCAGAUUUAUUGUUGAUUGCAACACCCCAAAUCAAUAUAUCAUAGAAUGCGAUCCAGUAACUUCUAUGCCAAAUGAAAAUCAACUUAAAAGAAUACAUCAUCAUAAAAAAACAGAUAUCCCUCAAUCAAAAUUAAUACAUGAAGAUUUAGACUUAUUAAGAGCUGAAAAACUAGGAUUAGACUUAACAAAUCCCGCCUUCUAG